AUGGCUCCUACCAACGAGCGCCCGCGAAGACAGCGCCGCUCAUCUAACGUCUCCAACUCGUCCUUCUCAUCCACAUCCCCCGAACGCGAAGUCGACGAUGACAACGACUCCUUCAUGCUACAGCCCAACGACUCGCAAUCGUCAGUAGCUGCCUCACUCGACCUCAUGGACGACGUCAAUUUCGAAGAACGAUGCCGCCUUUCUCCCGUCUACCGUCUGCCUGCCGAAUUACUCAUUGCAAUCUUCGGCCGUCUCGCAUCCACAAAAGACCUCAUGUCAUGCAUGCUCGUGUCCAAGGAUUGGGCACGAAACAGCGUCGCCCUGCUGUGGCACCGUCCACAAACCAACAACUGGGCCAGCAUACACAGCGUCGUCAAGUCAAUACGCAAGACUGAACGCUUCUUCGCCUACCAGGAUCUGGUCAAACGCUUGAAUCUUUCCACUCUGGCUUCACAAGUUAGCGAUGGCACCUUGAUGGGCUUGACUGCCUGCAAACGUAUCGAGCGUCUGACUCUGACCAACUGCGCCAAAUUGACCGACCUGAGUCUGACCACUUUGAUCCAUGGAAACCGCAGCCUGAUAGCACUGGACGUCACUCAACUCGAUCAACUCACCGAUCGCACCCUUGAGCUUGUCGCUCGCAACUGUGUCCGCCUACAAGGUCUCAAUAUGACUGGUUGUCGGCGUCUCACAGACCAAUCUCUGGUGCAAAUAGCCCAGAAUUGUCGUCAACUCAAGCGUUUGAAGUGCAACAGCUGCGCCCAACUGACCGAUAUUUCGAUGCUCAGCGUUGCUCAGAACAGCUCACAUCUGUUGGAGAUUGACCUUUAUGAUUUGCCACUCCUGGAAUCAGAAUCCAUCACUGCACUCCUAACUGAAUGCCGUCAGCUACGUGAAUUGCGGCUGGCCCGUUGUCCACUCAUUACCGACCAGGCUUUCUUGCAGCUGCCACCCAAGGCUGCUCCUUUUGACGCCUUGCGUAUCCUUGAUCUUACUGACUGUCAAGAGCUCACUGACAAAGCCAUUGACAAGAUUGUGCAGACUUGCCCCAAGCUGCGUAAUUUGAUUCUUGCAAAGUGCAGGCAGCUCACCGACAGAGCCGUGUGGGCCAUCACCAAGCUCGGCAGAAAUUUACACUACAUUCAUCUAGGCCACUGCGCCCGUAUCACUGACGCAUCCAUAAUCGCCCUGGCCAAGUCGUGUACUCGUAUUAGGUACAUCGAUCUCGCCUGCUGUAGCAAUCUCACCGACCAGAGCAUCACUCAAUUGGCCAACCUUCCCAAGCUUAAGCGCGUUGGUCUCGUCAAGUGUGCCGGAAUUACUGACAGAAGUAUCCAUGCUCUUGCUACCUAUGGUGGUCGUGUCAUGCAGAAGCCUCGUGACCGUCAACACAAUGUCAGCGCUCUGGAACGUGUUCACUUGAGCUACUGCACCCUUCUUACUCUCGAUGUACGUGUUCAAGCCUUCCUCCGCGACGAUCUCACUGUUUUCUGCCGUGAAGCCCCUGCCGAAUUCAACGAUCAUCAGCGUGAAGUCUUCUGCGUCUUCUCGGGCAAUGGUGUCAUUCGCCUUCGUGAAUACCUCAACCGUGCUAGUGGUCCUGGCUUGGAGACUGGCAUGGUCAACGACUCUGACGAUGAUGGCGAUGGUGCUACUCUCCGCAAUCUUCCUCUUCCUCCGCCUCCACCUCCUCACCAUCCCAACCUCAUUCACACAUGGCACAAUCCAGCCUUCCAAAAUCACAAUGACCAAGACAUCGAGGACGAAGAUAUGGAAGAUGAUCAUGAUGGAGUCGACACGCCGAACGAUGGACAUGGAUUUGGUAUCAUCGACGCUGCGGUGCAUGGUCAUAUGCUCAAUUUGGACGUUCACUCAACACCAGCAAACGACCCUCACCAGAUGAUAGGCGGACCCAGCACACAUAAUCAUGGCGGUGCAUUGUGGGCUGGUGGCAGCGGCGAGGCUCAACAUGUUACUGGCAUGAUGAGCGCAGCCAUGCUUGACGAUGUUGAUGAGGACACACCUCAGUGA